CCUCUAUCCUGCUUCCUCCACUUGUCUCUAAACAGAUCACCUGUACUCCUUGCCUGCGUGGAAGAUGUCCUGCUCCAGCCUGUGUGCCCCUGUGUGUGGGGUGGCUGCCCCGGCCCCAGUGGCUGACAGCUUCAACGAGCCCUGCGUGCGGCAGUGCCCCGACUCCACCGUGGUGAUCCAGCCCCCGGCCACGGUGCUCACCUUGCCUGGGCCCAUCCUCAGCUCCUUCCCACAGCAUGCCGUGGUCGGCUCGGCAGGAGUCCCGGGUGUGGCAGGGGGCUUCGGCGGCACUUUUGGAGGCCGUGGUGGCUUUGGGGGCUAUGGAGGCCUUGGUGGUUAUGGAGGCCUUGGAGGCUAUGGAGGCCUUGGUGGUUAUGGAGGCCUUGGAGGCUAUGGGGGCCUUGGAGGCUAUGGGGGCUAUGGAGCGUUUGGGAGCUGUGGGUAUGGCGGCUGGCGUCGGGGCCUCAGGUACCUCAGUGGCAGCUGUGGGCCCUGCUAAGCCCACUACUGGCUCAAGCCCCUGACGAAGGAGAGCUCCAGAGCUGCCCCGGAAUGUCAUGACAUGACACCAUCAGGAAGGCUCCCCUUUAUCAUCACUGGUCUCCAGAGCAUGGAGGCCUAAUGCCUUCAUGGGGCCC